AACCAAGACAAAGUGAAGUCGUAAAGUCUUUAGUAACAAGAAAAGGAAAAAGGCGAGAAAAAAAAUAUCUCAGGACAAACACAAAAGACAACAUACAAAAGUUAAUUAAAACCAAAACCAACCAGCCCGAAAGAGAACAAACGAACAGAAUCAGUUUGUAUGUGUUUGUCAAGGUGACGGAACAACAACAAACAGGCAACAACUACAACAAAAAAAAACAAAAAAACUCUUAAGACUUCCCAAGUGACCAGCAUGCCCAACAUGAAUCUGAAGAAGCUUUGGCGUAAGAAAAGUGUGACAAUCACCGAGUAUGACCCAACAUACAAGGUCGUGUAUCUGGGCAACGUGCUCACGGGAUGGGCCAAGGGUGACGGGUGCGUGGACAAGCCGCUGUCUACCCUAUGGAGGAACUAUUGCCAAAGCAGUCGCCAAGACAUCGCUAUGAAGGUGACGAUCUGCGGCGCGGGCCUGCGCGCCGUGACCCGCGAGCAUGGCCUCACCGAGUACUGGGCGCACCGCGUGACGUACUGCGCGGCGCACCCGGCGUACCCUCGGGUCUUCUGCUGGGUGUACCGUCACGAGGGCAGGCGGCUGAAGCAGGAGUUGCGCUGCCAUGCGGUGCUCUGCCCGAAGACUGAGAAAGCUGAGGCCAUGGCCGCCCAGCUGAGAGUGCGGCUGGCGUCGGCGCUGCAGGAGUUCCGCCGAGAGAAGGUGGUGCGCCAGAACGCCCGCCUGUCCCUCAUGCACGCCAUCUACGACUCGGCCGCCAUCCCGCGGCGCCGCCUGCUGCUCUCCACGGGCGCCGCCAACUACCGGCCUCCGCUGGAGCGGUCGAAGAGCGCGCCCAAACUCGGCGCCAUCGAGGAGAGCAUCGAGGAGGAGGAGGAGGCGGAGGCGCUCGACAGCGACGUGGACGACAUCGACGAGCUGGACGAGGCCGCGUCGGUGCACCUGCAGCCGGAAGACGUGGGGCUGUCGAGCGCCGUGUCGGAAACCACGUCGGACAUCGUGGUGGAUUACGACUCGAGCAGCGAGGUGGCGAGCGCCGGCCAGGAGAGGCUGACGCUGGAGGAGGACUUCGACGAGGGCAGCGCCAACUUCUCGCACUUCUGCCACUCGGACACGCCCCUCUACUGCCCCGUGCCCCCGCUGUCGCCGAUCGGCGAUGCGAGCGAGGUCCACGAGCCAGGGGGCGGGGGAGGUGGUAGGGACGCAGGGACGAUGAUGGGGGGCCCAGGGGACGUCUCGACGACCAGCGGGAAGGACCUCGGCCUCCUGGCGUCGCUCACGGGGGAGCUGAGUCUCGCUCCUCCCGCCGAAGAGUCGCUGACGUCGGACCAGCCCGAGUCCCUG